GUGGAUGCUUCUUGGACUGCUACUCCUCAUCCAAUUCCUCAUCACAGCUCUUCUCUUUCUUGUCACCAUGACUCAAGUCCAUACUAUAGGGGCCUUAUUGCUCUUCCGGUUCCUGCCUCCCCCACCUCUCUCUACUGCCUCAACAUCAAUUUCAAUACCUCCACAGCCACGGCCGCCCAACCAUCAACUCAUGAUUUUGUUGUCUUUUUAAGUCCAGAAGAUCAAUCACUGAUGGUGACAGAGCCGGAAACAACUUUAAAGGAGGUGAUGGUGUUGAUCCAUCCAGGUAUCCAGGGGAAGCCUUUGGGUGGUCAAAAGACUGUUUCUGAACAAACAGUGGCAUUGGAAUUACCUUGUGAGCACAUGUUGAAGCACACAACUGAGGAAGGGGAUCUAUAUGAGUAUCUGUGGGCAACCAAAUACCAGCCUAAGAAAUUGGGAGACUUCAUCUGCAACAAAACUAGAGCACUUGAGCUGAAAGCAUUGGUAAAAGGUGGGUGCGGUUGUAAUCAUUUUAUAUUCGAUGGACCCCCAAAUGUAGGAAAGAGAGCCAUGAUACAGGCUAUGCUUCGAGAGGUAUUUGGCGAUGAUGGAGUGUAGGUAUAUUCAUUCAUAAUUCAUGUCAUACUAUUUGUAGCGUGUUUAUAUAACAGGAAACUACAAUGAUACUUUUA